ACAUCAAUUCAAACAAAUUCCAUUUUUAUUAUUCUCUUCCAUUCCUCUUUGUCUUUUCCACAAAAAUCAUUCCAUACUUCCUUCAUUUGGCAACCAAUUUCUCCACUUUUCUGACCCUUUUCACUAGCACUUCUGAAACUUGUCCUUUAGUCCCUUUUACCUUAUCUUAACACUAUUAAUGUAUAACAGUACUUGUCUUAAUAUACCAACAAUGUUUCAAUCUUAUAAUCAUCAACAAGACUUUCUUUCUCGCAGAUGUAUAUGGGUGAAUGGACCUGUCAUAGUUGGUGCUGGUCCUUCAGGCCUUGCAGUUGCUGCUGGGCUUAAAAGACAAGGUGUGCCUUUCAUUGUUCUUGAAAGAGCAAAUUGUAUUGCCUCUCUUUGGCAAAAUCGAACAUAUGAUCGCCUCAAGCUUCACCUUCCUAAACAAUUCUGUCAGCUGCCCAAUCUUCCAUUUCCUGAUAACUUUCCUGAAUAUCCCACCAAAUUUCAGUUCAUUACAUAUCUUGAAUCCUAUGCAAAAAAUUUUGAUAUAGCACCACAUUUUAAUGAGACAGUGCAGUCUGCUAAGUAUGAUGAGACUUUUGGAUUGUGGCGAGUUAAGACUAUUUCAACAAGCAGUUCAAAUCCUACUGAAGUCGAGUACAUUUGCCGGUGGCUUGUAGUAGCCACCGGAGAAAAUGCUGAGAAGGUGGUGCCUGAGUUUGAAGGUUUACAAGAUUUUGGUGGCGAUAUUAUGCAUGCUUGUGAUUAUAAAUCAGGCGAAAGUUAUCGCGGAAAGAGAGUGCUAGUUGUUGGCUGUGGCAAUUCAGGGAUGGAAGUUUCUCUUGAUCUUUGUAAUCACAAUGCGAGUCCAUCAAUGGUGGUCCGAAGUUCGGUCCAUGUCUUGCCAAGGGAAAUUUUCGGAAAAUCAACAUUCGAAUUUGCAGUGACAAUGAUGAAAUGGCUACCACUAUGGAUGGUUGAUAAGAUACUACUAGUUUUUGCCUGGCUAAUUCUUGGAAAUCUUGAAAAACAUGGGCUGAAAAGGCCAUGCGUAGGACCUUUACAGCUCAAGAACUCUGAAGGAAAGACUCCAGUACUGGACAUUGGUGCACUUAACAAAAUAAAAUCUGGUAAGAUCAAGGUUGUCCCUGGGAUCAAGAAGUUCUCUAAUGGCAGAGUGGAGCUUGUUAAUGGCAAAAGACUUGAAAUCGAUUCGGUAAUUCUGGCAACUGGGUACCGCAGCAAUGUUCCUUCAUGGCUGAGGGAGAAUGAAUUUUUCUCAGAAGAUGGAAUACCCAAAAAUCCAUUUCCAAAUGGGUGGAAAGGCAAAGCUGGGCUCUAUGCAGUUGGGUUUACAAGGAGAGGUUUAUCCGGUGCAUCUCUAGAUGCAAUAAGUGUAGCACUUGACAUUGCCAAGAGCUGGAAAGAAGAAACCAAGCAGAAAAAGAAAACUGUUGCUGCUCGCCAUAGGAGAUGCAUUUCACAUUUCUGAAGUCAAUAGACAUUAUUCAGGAGUUCAAAGAUUCCCUAUUUCAUUGGUUCUAUUCUGUGACUGAUCUAUCAGUUAAUGUAGAAAUAAUGUAAACAAAAAGAAAAAGAAGAAUUAACACACCACAGCAGCAAGUAGCCCUCUCCUAAAGAAAACCCAAGAUUUCAAUUAUUUGGGCCUUUUUCUUUUUGUACAAAGGAAGAUGAGGCUUAACAGAUGUGAAUCUCUGUGUAAGAUUCAUUCUUUUAGUUUAUUUCCCUUUUUUUCUUUGGAAGAAAAUAGAAAUAAAGAAAGACAAAGAUUCAUUGUUUGGAAAUAAGUAUGUGAAAUUGUAAUAAAAGUUAUGCUACACAACAGA